AUGAUACCAUCAUCAAUAUUAUCACAUCGAAUAUUAUCGGCCAUAAGUUCACCACAUUAUCAGCGAGUAACAUCAUUUGUGAAUGAUGAGUAUGUGAAGAUUCUGUCUGAACAUAAAAAAGGAAUAUCAUCACCAUCUGAUCUAUGUGAUUUUACAUUUGGUAAUCCACAUGAUUUGGCAUUGCCUGCAUUUUUAUCAUCAUAUCAUAAAUAUGUAGAUCCUUUAAAUCCAAGCUGGUAUGCUUAUUGUACUACAGCGAAUUUUAAUACAGAACCUUCUCGUAAAUGUAUUGCAUUAAAUUUAUCGAAAACAUUAUCACCUUUAUCAGCUGAAUAUGAAGAUAUUUUUUUAGUUAAAGGAAAUAUUGGUGGAAUCUAUACAUGUCUAUCUAUGUUAUUAAACAAAGAUGAUGAAGUAAUAAUUCCAAUUCCAUCAUGGUUUUUAUAUGAAUCAAUGAUUCUUGGAUGUCAAGGAAUACCUGUUGAAGUUAAUAUCGAUAAAAAUACAUAUGAUUUAGAUAUCGAUAAUAUAAAAAAUAAAAUAAAUGAUAAAACAAAAAUAAUUAUUAUUAAUUCACCUCAUAAUCCUACAGGUAAAAUUUAUCCAUUGUCGACAUUACAAAUAUUAUCAAAUAUGUUAUUGGAUAUAUAUGAUAAACGACAAGAAAAAUAUGGUCAUGAUGCACAACCUAUAUGGUUAAUAUCUGAUGAGGCAUAUAAUCGUAUUCUAUUGAAUAAUAAUGAAUUUAUUUCUCCUGCUACAGUAUAUCCAUAUACAUUUAUAUGUUAUACUUAUGCUAAAACCUUAUUAAAUCCAGGUAUUCGAUUAGGAUAUGUAGCAUUAUUAAAUAAAUUACCAUUAGAAUAUCGUUCAUUAUUUCGUAUAUAUUUACCUCGAACAAUGGGAAUGAAUGGAUUUAUGAUACCGGAUUGUGUAACACAAUAUAUGAUACAAGAUAUAGAAACAUUAUCUAUUAGUAUUGAUAUGCAACAUAUGCAAAAGAAAGUAAAUAUGAUGUUAGAUAUAUUAUUAUCAAUAGGAUAUAAAAUUCCUGUAAAGCCACAAGGUACAUUUUAUGUACUUGUUGUGUCACCAUUAGAAGAUGAUCGAGCAUUUUGUCAUCUAUUAUCUAAAUACAAUAUUUUAUGUCUGCCAGGUUCAGUAUGUUCUAUACCUGGUUAUUUUCGUGUAUGUUUAACUGCAAAUGAAGAUAUGAUUGAAAAGAGUCGAUAUGGAUUUAAACAAGCAUAUCAAGAAGCUAUCACUUCACUGAGCAAUGAUCAUAAUAAUAAAAAUGAUGGUGAUCUUUAG